AUCAUUGAUCAAGGAAGCCCUACACUCUACGAACCUACCGCUGUUGUUUCUGCAUGUUGGAAUUAUGGUGAAAGUGCUGGAGUAGGUGGGUGGUGGUGGGUGUUUGGUAGUAGGCGCUGUCAUCUCGACCUGCAUGCAUGCAUGUACAUAGAGUAUGUCUGCCUGCCCUAUUCAUCUGGAUAUUGGAUGCUUUCUUUCGUUCUUCUCCCCUCUUUCUCCUCCGUCCUCAAGUCUCGACAUUGCAUCUUCCCUCGCUUCAUCAUCUCAUCUUUACCACACUAUACACACACCCGCGAAGAAAAUCGGACGCGGUUAACUUGGCUUGCGGAUUCGCGCGCGGAUUUGCAAAGGUUAACGGCAACGUCGAACGUCUCUACCACCGAAAUUUCCGGUGCCGAAACUGCGCACUUUUCUUCACUCAUCCCAUCGAAAUCCACAACCUCACCUCACAUUCCUUCACCUCCACGGCCGUCCCCCCCACGCCACUUCGCCUCGACCUCGCCGCCACCACGCCUCGACCUCACCGAAAAUGCCCCCCUACCCACCCCCCACGUACCACCGCCCGACUCCCGCCUGGGUAAUAAUCGGCCUCCUCACGUCCUUCCUAAUCCUAAUCCUCGAAGCGACGCUGUUCCAGAACCGUGACAUCUACGCCUCGUACAUCGUCGGUCUUACCUACACUAGCGCGAUAAUGAUAACCUGUUUCUUCACGCUGCUCGGCCACCUGCUCGUGCGGCGGUACCCGCGCCUCGCGCCGUACCUCAAUAUCGAUAUCGACCUGGCGAGCGUCAUGACGCUGCGUGGAGGAGGCAGGGGAGGAGGACGCGAGAUGGCCGAGGGGAGGAGGAGGGCGAGUAUCGGCUGCUGGGUCGAGAACACACCUGCGCCGGCGACGGCGACAAUACCGCCAAUACCGCCACCACCGCCGCCGACGCUGCACAGAGCUGUUACGACGGAAACGUGGGCGACGAGUGAUAGCUCGCGGGGGGAGCCGGAGCCAUGA